UGUUUACAAUUACAAAGUGCCAUAACCUAAAGAGUGAGUAUCAAUCAGCAAGGAGUAUGGCUUUGAGCUUUGAUGAGUCGAUUGCGGUGCACACGUUUCUGACAUCGGAGGACCGCCCAAUUGAUGAAAUCUUGUCGGAAUUGACCACCAGAAUUCUCCGCCCCCGCUUCUUUACUCUCUGCAACUCUCUCUUAUUACUCCUACAGGAUAAACGGAUGCUCAAGUCUACUGAACGUCUCAUUGCAUUUGCCAUUCUUCACCAUGCUUACUCUUCCCAGCCAUCUUCUUCAAACCCAUUCAUAUCGCAUCUUGUAAAUGCAACAUGUGAUGAUGAGGCUGAAAAAUGCGAGAGGGCAUUUAUUCUACAGUUGCUGGGCUAUGGAGACUCCGCUGGUGGAAAACAGUUUCUUAAAAUUUCUGCUGCAGAUCAUAUCAAAGUCUUUGAUCCUUCAGCUCAUGCAUUCCCACAGCUGGAACAAUUGCAGCAGCAAUAUUGUAAUAAAGUCCAUUCAGAAACAUACAAAUGCCUAAUUAAAAACGCUGCAGUGAAAAAUGUAGUGCCGGACCCUGAUUUACCUCAUGGUUGCGAUGCAAAUUCUCAAGAGUUUGAUAUGCAACUCAGAGUCAAACCUAAACUUGGAUCUGGAGAUAGAGACUCGGCUCUCGUUGAAAUGCUGGUGCACUUCUCGCUGGAGGGAAUAGGUCCUCAAUGGAUUAGACCUCGCCCACCGAUGUUCCCAUUACAGAAUAGCGAGCUUGUGUGGGUCAACGCUGACAACAGUCACGAGCUCUUGUGGGAUCAUGGUAUGUGUGCGGAUACGAGCCGGGGUGCCGCUGUUAGGGACUUGAUCACUAAAGCCUUGAAGGGACCACUGGCUCCUGCACAGCAAGAGCAAUUUCUGGUGGAGCUGACAAAUGACCUGAAGCUAGUUUAUCACUGUGGACUGACACCAAGGAAGUUACCAGAAUUGGUGGAAAACAAUCCUCUAAUUGCAGUUGAAGUUCUUACCAAGUUGAUAAAUUCUCCUGAAAUUGCUGACUACUUUACUGUACUUGUCAAUAUGGACAUGAGUCUCCAUUCCAUGGAAGUGGUUAACAGGCUAACAACAGCAGUUGAACUUCCAAAGGAAUUCGUACGCAUGUACAUAACAAAUUGUAUAUCAUCCUGUGAAAAUAUUAAGGACAAGUACAUGCAGAACAGGCUUGUCAGACUUGUUUGUGUUUUCCUGCAGAGUCUGAUCCGGAAUAGAAUUAUUGAUGUGAAGGAUCUUUUCAUUGAAGUCCAAGCAUUUUGCAUCGAGUUUUCACGAAUUAGGGAAGCAGCCGGUUUGUUUAGGCUUCUCAAAACCCUGGAGUGACGGGUGAAUCUCCGUUAGUUGAAUCCAUAAUUAGUUUAGUUUUAUCUAUCUUUGUAGAUAAUGAGUCAUUCAAACCUUUGCUCAAAAAAUGGUUUCAGUCGGAAGGAAAAUGGAACCAUGGAAAUAUACAAGUACAUUGUUGUACCUAUUUAAGUAUUUGAAAGUCUUGCUUUAGUACCCACUUUUAUCUUGUUUUGUUGAUGUUCGCCAUCUUAGUUGUUGGGAUAUUUCAUCUGCUGAGUUGUUAGUCCAGAUGCAUCGUAUUGUGUAUAAUUUGCUGAGUGGAGUGUACCAUAUGUUAUUUUACUCAUCAAUUCUUCAGAUAUGGUUUAUUUACAAUUUUUUUUAA